GGGAAACCAUUUUUCAUUUGAAUUCACGAUCACAUCGUUUGUUGUUUCAAAGUCUUAUAUUGAAAACAAUUCGAGUAGAAAAUGAAAUUUGUUAUUGUUGCAGCUCUCCUAGUGGCAGCCGUUUCGGCAAAGAACAUCCGGAUCACCAAUGUUGCUGAUUGUGGUGGCGCCGGCUCCGUUGUGACAUUCUCCGGAACGAUCAAUACCGAUCCAGUGCCCGUUCCUGGUGAUAUGCUUGCUAGCUUGUCGUUCACCAGUUCUAUCGAUUCACCGGACGAUUUGAAUAUUCGCAAAGUUACUACCCGUGUUGCUGACAAUUUCGAAGUCCCUUGUCUAGAUGGCCUUUCUGGAACCUGCACAGUGCCUUUGUGCUUCGCAAUCCAAAACUUCCCUAAUGUGGUAUGCCCGCUCUUUCCACCCGAGCUACCGUGUGAGUGUCCCAUUAAGGCUGGUUCCUACAGCUCUCCCAACGCUGUUAUCAACUUUGACGAAAAAUGGCUUGCUAUCGACGGUGGAGUUAACGGGGACUACCACACUGUCACUGAAUUCGUGACUGCUAUUGGUACGGCAGAUGAAGCCGUACUUGGAUGCAUUGAACUAGACUACACGCUUACGGCCGUUUAAUAACAGCUAUAAUAUGUUAAACUUUGCAAUGGAAAAUAAAUCAUUUUGAUCACAAAAA